AGGGUUGGGGUUGUGUGACUUACUGUGUAAGCAGUGACGUCUUCAUCUCUGUUGUACCUACCUGUGGUCACGCAGACUGGUGCUCCACCUAGAACGAUGGUUUUUUUUCCGUUCCUCCCCCCUGUGAACAGCAGUGCAUCGACACACACGACUCCACACCCUCAGAAGAGCAGGCUUCAGGUCAGUUCACGAUGGCACAUCCAGCUGUAAGUUUCCAGCCAGCCAUGGUGGUGAGCACCACUAACAUGACAACCCAGUGGAGCAGCGGAGUGUGUGACUGCUGUGAGGACAUGGGCAUCUGUUGCUGUGGGUUUUGGUGUCCAUUCUGCCUCAUGUGUAAGACCAGUGAGGAAUUUGGAGAGUGUCUCUGUCUCCCCCUGCUGGAGAUAUGCUUUGGUGGCAUGUUGCAUCCUAUUACACUCUCCAUGAGGAGCAGCAUGAGAGAGAGAUUCCACAUUAAGGGCUCGAUACAGGAUGACUGCUGUACGGUGGUCUGCUGCACUGUGUGCGUCUGGUGUCAGAUGGCGAGAGAGCUGAAGGCUCGGCGACACUCUCUAGUGGUCAUUAACCCUGCGGUUAACCCGGUUCACCAUCAGCCGCAAGCUUUCAACCAGCCAACUCAAGCCAUCAAUACAUCCUACCAGCCUCUGCACCCCAUCAAUCCUGCCUACUGACGACCUCCGUGCAUAUGAGCACACCUGCUUUCCUUUAACCUCAAGCUCCCCAAAGACCAAGAUCUGCUGUUUUGUUGAAAUGACAUAGUGAAAUCUGUCCAGAUGUCAUUUUAAUAUUUUUAUCUAGCCUACCUGUUUAACGAUGCCGAUAUUUUUUUACUAAUCAAAUGUUUAUUUUUUUUCUCAAUUUUUUUGCGCUUUUUUCUAUAGACAAAUUGCCAAAUGUAGUUAUG